AUGAAGACAAUUGACUGGGCAAUUUAUAGUUAUCUGGAGUCCCGUGGGCUUACCCAAUUUGACCAUGCAACAAACAUUGAAGCUCAACAGCAAUGUGGAGUUACACCCAUCUCAGACAAACUGGGGGAAAGAAGAUUAAGAUGGUACGGUCACAUCAUGCACAGUAAAGUGGACUUGAUGGCAAGAACAGCUAUGCACAUGGACAAAAUGGCUCCUGACCUCGUGGCAUGCCCAAAAUGUGAUGGAUGGACCGUAUCAAGUAGGAUCUGGAAUUCAUUAAUGCCAUCUAUGAAGAUGCCCUUGACAGACCCAAACAACAACCAGACUCUGCUAGCUUGGUAUAAACACUACGAAGAAGAAGAAGAAGAAGAAGAUUGA